CUGACUUUUUAAUAAAUGCUUUGAUGCCGAUGUCAAACAGUGAGACAGCGUAUCUUUUGUCAUGGAAACUCCAGCUCUUUAACUUUGCCUCCAUGUUUGGCACUAAUUAGCAUUAUUUUGACUAUUUUGUAAGACUCUCCUGCUCCAAGUGCUUCAUUAGCUAUGGUACGGAACCCUGGUAUUUCUAUUUGAUUAAUGGAUUUCUUAAUUUUAAUGUAGCCUUUGCUUUGGCUCUCCUGGUCUUACCACUGACUUCUCUCAUGGAAUACCUAUUGCAGAGAUUUCAUGAAAUGUUACCACUUCGUGUUUCAGCGAUACCGCCUGGAGCAUUACACGGUGACGUCGAACUGGCUGGCAUCGGGAAUGCUCGUCCUGUUUGGGCUCUUGUCCUUUUCUCGCUCUGUGGCACUGUUCAAAGGGUAUCACGGGCCCCUUGAUUUGUAUCCAGAAUUUUAUCGAAUUGCCACGGACCCAACCAUCCACACUGUCCCAGAAGGCAGGCCUGUGAAUGUCUGUGUAGGAAAGGAAUGGUAUCGCUUUCCCAGUAGCUUCCUUCUGCCUGAUAAUUGGCAGCUUCAGUUCAUUCCAUCAGAGUUCAGGGGUCAGUUACCAAAACCUUUUGCGGAGGGACCACUGGCCACUCGAAUUGUUCCUACUGACGUGAAUGACCAGAACCUGGAGGAGCCAUCCAGAUACCAAAUGGACGUCACUGCAGAUACUCUCCUGACAGCAGGCCUUGAUGGGGAUCACCAUGAGGACAUGGAGAGUCAGAAGGUUGGGCACGUGCACUAUAAUGGAAGCGGGGGAGGCACAGGUUCAGAGUGA